AUGGAGUGCGAGAGACUGGCCGUGCAAAUCCGCGAUGGCUAUUUGCCUUUGCCUGCGGGGACUUCUUUAAAAGCUGUGACGGAAACAGCAGAAGACCUCGCGCUGCAGAUCGCCGAAAUCCAGCAGCAGCAGCAGCAGCAGCAGCAGCAGCAGCAGCAGCAGCAGCAGCAGCGCGCGCCAGGCAGCCAGUGCGAAGCCAAAAGCCUCAUCCCCACAACUACUUCUUCCUUCGACGCCCCACAGUUUGGGGCUGCAUGCAAAGUCACUCGAGUUGCUGUGGGGCCCCCCCAGGGGCCCCCCGGGGGCCCCGGGGGCCCCGGGGGCCCCGGGGGCCCCCGGGGGCCCCCAGACCUGGGAGGGUUUACCCCCAAGAGGCGCAGGAUUGACCUCAGGCAGCAGCAGCAGCAGCAGCAGCAGCAGCAGCAGCAGCAGCAGCAGAAGGAGGCCGGCGCGGAAGCAGCUGACAGCAGCAAGGGGACGCAGGAGCGUCCUGCUGCUGCUGCGUCAGUUGCUGCUGCUGCUGCUGCUGCACCAAAUGCUGCAGUAGCAGCAGCAGGUGAGGAGGCUGCAAAAGAAGACAGCAGCAGCAGCAGCAGCAGCAGCAGCGGUGACAGCAACACCCGCAGCAGCAGCAACAGCAGCAACGACAGCUCUCAGGCUGAAGCUAAAUGUGUGCCGAUGCAGCCUCGCUGUCUGUCCCAGGCUUCAACAGUCAGUCCCUAG